GUGGACUGUGUCGCAUAAUGUUGACGUCAAAGAACUCUUUGUCGCAAAGUGUACCACACGAGGACUAGAGUGCUAAUCUCGAGCUCAUUCAGCCGUCAUGGGAAAACAGAAGAAACAGAAAAAAUUUGCUGCCAUGAAAAGAAUGAUCAGUUUAAAGGAUCAGAGGAUAAAAGAACAGGACAGGGCAAAAACACAAAAGAAGAAGAAAGAAGAUCCCUCAGUCAUUAAAGAACAAGCAGUAGCAAAAUACCCAUCUUGUAUGUUCUUUCAAUACAACACCCAGCUUGGACCUCCAUAUUACAUCCUUGUUGAUACCAACUUUAUCAACUUUUCUAUUAAGGCCAAAUUAGAUGUUGUCCAGUCAAUGAUGGACUGCCUCUAUGCUAAAUGUGUCCCUUGCAUAACAGACUGUGUGAUGGCUGAGCUUGAGAAAUUAGGGAUGAAGUAUCGAGUGGCUUUGCGGAUUGCCAAAGAUCCCCGCUUUGAUCGAUUACCUUGCUCACACAAAGGAACAUAUGCUGACGACUGCUUGGUGCAAAGAGUAACGCAGCACAAAUGUUACAUUGUGGCCACAGUGGACAGGGACCUAAAAAGGAGGAUUCGGAAGAUCCCAGGAGUCCCCAUCAUGUACAUUUCCAAUCACAGGUAUAACAUUGAGAGAAUGCCAGACGAUUAUGGUGCACCACGGUUGUAGAACAUAGAUGUUUGUGUUUUUUUUUUUUUUUUGUUAUAAGAAUUUGUUUGGUGGAGAUCCCCCACCUUCUACCUUUAAAUGAUUUCCCUUGUGAAUAUUGUUCAGAACUCAGUACAAUAAAGUUUUUGGCAGCCCAGAUUCUAGCAGCUCAGAGUACAUUAGAGGAAAUUAAAAGGAGGGGGAAAUAGGAAGAAAAUUAUCUGCAACCAAUGGAAACGACAUGAGUCCAAAUCUAGUGGCUAUUGUGGGGAACUUCAGUGAUCUAGGAUCUCCUCUUAUUGAUAUUAAUGUGUUAUUGAUUUAAAUUAUUUGGUGUCUCCCAACAAUAAUAUUGAUUUAAUCAAACACAUUAAAUUGGCCAAGUAGCCUUUAACUAUUACAGUAUGUUAACAGCUCAACAAUGCAGUGUUAAAAAAUAAUGAACAUUUCCCGUGAAGCCACUCCCUGGUACUCUUAUAUGUCCGUUUAGGAUCUUAGGAUUUAUUUGCUGACCACAUUCUUUUGUCUUUAUCUUAAUGACAUCUCUGUCAGUUGUUUACACAUCUGGUUGGAUUCCAUCUGCUUGGAGGCUGUCGUAAAUAAAAAUCACCAUUGAUAGACAAGU